CUUUCUUCAAUAAUAGACCUUGAAAAAAAAAUAUAUCAUGAGGGUGGCUGAGGAAAUGGAGAAGUCGAGCUACAAUGGCGAAACACAGAAAGAAAUAACUGCAGUGAAUCCAAAACCCAACAAAGGGUUGGCUUCCAAGCUCAUUGACUGGUUUGAGAAGCUUGUUGUGAAACUUAUGUAUGACUCUUCUUCUCAGCCUCUUCAGUUUCUCUCUGGUAACUUUGGCCCUGUUCGCCAUGAAACACCUCCAACUAAGGACCUCCCUGUGCUUGGAUACCUUCCUGAAUGCUUAAAUGGAGAAUUUGUUAGGGUGGGUCCCAAUCCCAAGUUCAAUCCAGUCUCUGGAUAUCACUGGUUUGAUGGAGAUGGUAUGGUUCAUGGUGUGAGAAUUAAAGAUGGAAAAGCAACAUAUGUUUCCCGUUUUGUAAGAACUUCACGUCUUAAACAAGAAGAAUAUUUUGGUGGUGCGAAAUUUAUGAAGUUUGGAGACCUUAAGGGGAUAUUUGGACUACUCAUGCUCAACCUGUAUAUGCUGAGAGAAAAAUUCAAAGUGUUAGACCUUUCAUAUGGAUCAGGAACAGCUAAUACAGCUCUUGUCUAUCACCAUGGGAAACUUUUAGCACUUAAUGAGGGAGACAAACCUUAUGUUCUUAAAGUCUUGGAAGAUGGGGAUCUACAAACACUAGGAAUGCUUGACUAUGAUAAGAGAUUGACACAUUCAUUCACAGCUCAUCCAAAGAUUGAUCCAGAUACUGGUGAGAUGUUUACAUUUGGUUACUCCCAAACUCUACCUUAUAUUACUUACAGAGUUAUUUCAAAGGAUGGUUUCAUGCAUGAUCCAGUACCGAUAACUAUACCAGACCCUGUCAUGAUCCAUGACUUUGCCAUUACUGAGAACUAUGCCAUUUUCAUGGAUCUUCCUUUGAUUAUUAAUCCAAAGGAAAUGGUGAAGGAGAACAAGCUUAUAGUCUCAUUUGAUGCGACCAAAAAAGCUCGGUUUGGUGUGCUUCCACGGUAUGCAAAAGAUGAGCUUCUAAUCAAAUGGUUUGAGCUUCCAAAUUGCUUCAUAUUCCACAAUGCUAAUGCCUGGGAGGAGGAAGAUGAAGUUGUUCUAAUCACAUCCCGGAUUCAGAAUCCAGAUUUGGACAUGCUUAAUGGAACUACUGAAAAAGGGUCUUACAACUUCCCAAUUGAGUUGUAUGAGAUGAGAUUCAACUUGAAAACUGGUCUAGCAUCACAGAGAAAGCUCUCAGCUUCAGCUGUAGAGUUUCCUAAGGUGAAUGAAAGCUACACUGGCAGGAAGCAACGUUAUGUGUAUGGAACCAGACUGGCCGACCAUCCAAGAAUCACAGGCAUAGUCAAAUUUGAUCUGGAGGCUGAACCAGAUGAUGGUAAAACAAGCCUUGAAGUUGGUGGAAAUGUUCAAGGCCUGUAUGACUUGGGACCUGGUCGUUUUGGUUCUGAGGCUGUAUUUGUCCCUAAGGUGGCUGGAAUUUCAUCUGAGGAGGAUGAUGGCUACCUGAUAUUCUUUGUACAUGAUGAGAAUUCUGGAAAAUCAGCAGUUCAUGUGAUUGAUGCAAGAACAAUGUCAGAAGAUCCAGUGGCAGUUGUUGGGUUGCCUAGUAGAGUUCCAUAUGGAUUCCAUGCCUUGUUUGUCACAGAGGAACAGCUACAAGAACAAGCAAAACUCUGAACUUUCAAUCUUUGUUCAUUUACUCCCAUGUUUGGGCCAAAUAAUGUAACCAACCAUUCCCAUGUGAUAUGGAAAGAUUAGAAUGAUGCAAUAAUUUAAUAAGAAAAUGAAUUGUUGACUU